GCCGCUAUCGGUGCGUCGUGCCGUGUGUUUUAUUUUCUCCAACAAAGCGGUUGAAUAAAACCGUAUACUAUUUGUUGUAUACUGUAAAAACAAUAUCGGCGGAAGAGGGCAAUUCUUAACACGGCAGUACCUUCUUUAAAGAGCUCCGGGUCGGCAAGGAAACUGUUUGCCGAGGACGGUAUUUUCGGUGGUCAAACAGCUCCCCGCGUUGUCAAGUUAGGGGCCUUGUUGCAACUUAGCGCGACCCAGAUAUUAAUAUUCUUUAAUGGAUACUCCUGAGAGCCCUACCCAGUCCCCUCAGUCACCUGAGGAAGAGGAGAAGGGCCUUUCUGACAGUGAGCUGUUGGAUUCUCCUGAUGAAGAGGACGACAGGCUCAUCUCAGACAGUGAAAUAGUCCAUGAAGAAGAGAAUGGGGCGCUGGCUGAGGAGGAUGAUGAAGAGGAGAUUGAAAGCCAAGGAAGAGGUUCGGAAUUAGAGGAGGAAAGGGAAGAAGAUGACGAGGUGGUCCCUGACUUUGUGUCUGACCCAGAGGAUCAGGAUCCCGUAGGAGAAAUAGAAGGGAUGGGACAAGAGGAUGGGACCAUUAUGCUGAUGGAAGGGGAUGAAGAAGGUCCACAGGGGGACCAGUUGGGAGGGGAGGAUGAGGAGGAAGGAGAGGAGCAAGAGGAUAGAGUCAUUGACACCCCACAGUCUCCAGACUCAGAGCCAGAACGGGUCAAGGGUGUCAUUGCUGAAGAGGAUGGAGAUGACACGGAGGAAGGGUACAGUAACUACAGAAAGGAAGCCUCAGCAGAGCAUGAGACAGCUGAGGUGGAUGAUGAGGAUGAGGAAGAGAAAAGCAAGGCAGAGGAGGAAGAGGAUGAAAGGAUGAGAGCUGAGGCGAGGAGGAGAGCUAUUGCAGUGAGGGAGAUGAAGGAUGACUCUGCAUCUGUUUCCCGGGAGCUGGAUGAGCAUGAACUGGAUUAUGAUGAGGAGGUCCCAGAGGAGCCCAGUAUCCCUGCUCAGGAGGAGGAGGAAGAUGAAGAAGACACAAAAGCAGAGGGAGAAGAAGAAGAGGAGUGUGAGGACAAAAGCAGUAAGAAGAAGGAGAAAAAACCAAUUCUUCCCCCAUCUCCUAAAGACAGUGACUUUAAGAGGGUGGACGACUCGAAAGGGCCUGAAAGGGUGCGCAGAGAUUCCUUCAGAGAAAAGAAGAAGGAUGAAGAUGAUGGAGAAAUUGAUGAAGGAGAGAUUGAUGAUGAUGACCUGGAGGAGGGGGAAGUCAAAGAUCCCUCGGACAGGAAGAUCAGACCACGCCCUGUCUGCCGGUUCUUCAUUAAAGGAAAUUGUACUUGGGGUAUGAACUGUAGGUUCAUCCACCCUGGAGUUAACGACAAAGGUAACUAUUCCCUCAUCAGUAAGCCAGACCUCUUCUCACCUAAUGGAGCACCUCCUGGAGGACCACAUCCACUCAUACCCAAUAAUCCUUGGGCUGGUCCUGCAGUGGAAGACCUCCCUCCACCCCCUCCUCCAGUGGAGCCUCCUGUGGAAAGUGCCUGGGAGAGAGGCCUGAGGCAUGCCAAAGAGGUGCUGAAGAAGGCCACCAUCCGUAAAGAGCAGGAGCCAGACUUCGAGGAGAAGCGUUUCAACGUGACCAUCGGAGAGGAUGAGAGAGACUUUGACAAAGAGAAUGAUUUCUUUAGAGAACGCAGCUACCGCAUCAUCAGAGAGGAAAUGGACUUCAGAGAUCCUAUGUAUGGUGACCCAUAUGCUGAUCCAUACUAUGACUAUGAAAUGGAGGCCCUGUGGCGAGGUGGCCAGUAUGAAAAUUUCAGAGUGCAGUAUACAGAAGCUCCUCUUCCAUACCACUACAGUGAGCACGAACACGACCGGGACCCUCGCGAGCGGCACCGGGACCGAGAGAGGGAGAGAGAUCACCGCGAGAGAGAGCGCCGGCAGAGGGAGCGAGAGAGGGAGAGAGAGCGGGAGCGUGAGAAGGAGAGAAUGCGACGGAAAGAAGAAUGGGAGAGGGAUCGGAUGAAGCGGGACGAGAAGGAGAGACCGAGGAUGCGUCCCCCUCGAGACGCCAGGGAGAAGAAAGAUGAGGAGAGACUAAAACCGCGUUCUCCCCUCACCAUGCCACCCAACAGGCCAGUGGAGCCUCCCUCAAAGAAGGAGGUCAUUCCAGUAAUGAGGCGACCAGAUGAGUGGAAGGACCCGUGGCGUCGGUCAAAAUCUCCCAGGAGACGCCCUGGGCUAGGCUCUCCACCACGAGGUCGUCGGCGACAUAGGCCCUCGGGCUCCUCUGCUUCUCCGUCCAACUCCUCCAGGUCUUCGUCUCGCUCUUCAUCCUACACAGCCUCUGGGUCAUCUCGUUCCCGCAGCCGCUCUUCCUCGUUCAGCUCCUACUCCAGCCACUCUUCCCAGCGCAGCUCUUUCAGUGGCAGCCGCUCUAGGUCUCGAUCAUUCUCCACAUCUCCCUCACCGAGUCCAGCAGGACUGAGGAAUGCUAAGAAUAAACCAGACCUUCCUCCGGUGUUAACAAAAGGCAUGCCGCUGAAGCCCGGUGCCAUGCCCCUUCCUCGCAGGGACAAGCCUCCCAUGAAAAAAAUUCCCAGUCCUUCUCCACCUGGGGGGCUGCAGGGUAGGCCUUCCAAACCCCUGCCAGAGGGAGGGAAGCCUCCAACCAAUCCCAGGGAGCCUGGGGGCACAGGCGGCGGGACAGGUGGCAGUGGAGCCGGGAGACCUCUGCCACCCCGGGAACCUGGAAAACCUCCCAACCCAAGGGAAGACAGGCGGAAAGAACGGCAGCAGCGUCCCCGGAGGCGAACUAUAAGUGGGAGUGUUAGUGGAAGUGGUAGCAGUUAUACUGGUUCGAGCUCCAGAUCAAGAUCCUCCUCCAACUCCCUCUCACGCUCACGCUCUGGUUCCAGAAAAUCCAGGAAAUCCAGAUCGCUGAGUGUGAGCAGUGUGUCAUCUGUGUCAUCAGCGUCGUCCAGCAGCAGCUCGGUACGUAGCGCAGACUCAGAUGACAUGUAUGCUGACCUGGCCAGCCCAGUGUCCUCUGCCAGCUCUCACUCGCCCACACCAAAUCACCCCCGCAAGGAACGAGGUGCGCCGCGGGACCGACCGCCACAUGGCAGAGACAAGAACAGGGAAAGACCAUCAAAGAAAGAUGAACCCCUCAGGGAGGACCGCAGGAAGAUUGACCCAUCUGGUGUGCCACCUAGAGGAGGCAACCCCAUACCUCGGUCAGGACCUGGUAGCAGGGGUGGCCACCCUUUACAUCCCCCACCUGGUGCCAUGGGCCCCCCAGGAAGCUAUGGUUCAGGGUCUCAUAAAGACAUUAAACUCACCCUUCUCAACAAGCAGCAGGGAGAUAAGGGCAACAGGAAGAGGUACCUGCCCUCAGACAAAGACCGGCCAGGUUCCCCCCUCAGCAAAAGAAUGGCCAUGUCUCCAGACAGAGGCCGCGAUAAGAGGAUACCUGGUAGACCUCCUCUUUCCCCUCGAAUGGAUCGGGCAAGAGGCCAAGGACCCCGACCCCUGCCGCCCCAGGGAGACAGAAAACGCCCUCUGUCACCACCCCCCAAAUCAUCUGGGAAAGGCCCAGCAGCACCAGUGGGCAAGCUGGCCGUCCCAGGAUCCGUUUCGGCUGCUGGCUCAGGCUCCAGCUCAGGGCCGGGAUCCACCAAAUCCAGCAACACACUGUCACGCCGCGAGGAGCUGCUGAAACAGCUGAAGGCUGUGGAGGAUGCUAUCGCCCGGAAACGAGCAAAGAUCCCCGCCAAGUAAAAGGAAGGCCGCUCCUCGUCUGUUCGCCAGUCUGCCUGCCUGUGAGCCGGAGGAAUAGUGAAGGUCAUGGGGUGGAGCAUUUUUUCCCUGCCUUCAGUGGACAUUUAAAAAUGUUGUAUGGUUCAUGUAUAAAGGCUAUUGCGUAAGUGAACGGGAAGUGGUUGUCACGAAAACCAUCUUCUGCUUGUUUGCCCUCAGAAGAGUUUGGCUCUGCUCCAUUCUAGAGUGUUGUUCACUCCUAUAUGCCCAACUUUAACUCCCCUUGAAAGUCUUUGGAUGUCACAGCUGCAGUUUACCUCAUCAACGACAAACAGGAAGAAACAUGGGCAUUUGGUGAGGGAGGGACAUCUCAGGAAUGGAGUGUAUACUUUACAGUUCACAACCAGAAUGGUAGUAAGGUGCACCUGAUCACUUCUCACGCUGUUCCUUCAGAGAAAAGGAAGCAUCUUCCUCAUGUGGUGUGAUGAAUAACAGAUUUAUACGCAUUGAAUCUACUACUUAUGUCUGUCUUUCUCUGCCCCCUUUUAUCGUCUUGUUCUCUCACUUAUUUUCCUUAGUUUUCGUCUGUGUGGAGUGAUGCGACUGUUGGAUACUGACAGCUAAUGGGCCUUCACAAGGCUCCUCUGUAUAAAUCUACAAAUACUUGAGCAUCCAUAUUUGGCCGCUGCAAGCAAUCACGAGCCCAUGCUUUGUUCACAGCGGGCCCAUCUUUAACCAAUGACUCGUCUGUGUUCUGUGUUUUAGGGCAGUGUUCACUGUCACACCUUGUACAAUAAUAGCAAGUCAUCAGAUUCUUUCAAGCGUAUGAUUAUAGACAACAGUGAUGUGAAGUAUUGAUUUCUUUUUCUUUUCUUUUUUUUUUUUUUUU